AUGUCUGCAACGUAUCCGGAGCGCCUGGAGCGCGAGGGCUCGCACGUCGACGAGUCUAGGAUAGACUCCGAGCUCGAGCACCAGCUCCGCCGACGCAACGUCGCACACGCCGAGCGCGAGGCCGCCGACCAGCUGGGGGAGCCCGAGCCCGGCAACGUCGCCGCCUCAGGGCCGGCCGCCGGCGAAUACCCCAGCACUGGCGCAAGUACAGCACACUCGUUUGACACCCAACCCAAGAACUCGAUGCAGGAGCAGCUCACACCGACACCGACGGUGCCGCUGCCAGAUGAAGGAGGGCAGGACGCAGCGCUCCAAUCUUCCACGCCAGCUGACGGUGCCAGCGCCGCUGCGCUAGAAAUAAACCCUGCGGCCCAGUCGGCUGAGACCGGCUCCAAGGACACACCGCCUGCCAAUGCGGCUGACAGCACGGCCGCCAACGCGACUGCCCCCGGCACCGCUCCCGGUACCACGGGCGCUGGCGUAAUCGACGAGGAAGGAAAGGAGCGCUCGUGCAGAAUCUGCUUCGGGGGCGUGGACGAGGAGGGCGAGAUGGGGCGGCUCAUGUCGCCGUGCCUCUGCUCCGGCUCGAUGCGGUACGUGCACGUGCAGUGUUUAGCGAUGUGGCGCGCGAAGAACAGCAAGACGUUCCUCGAGUGUCCGCAGUGCAAGUACACCUAUGUCCUGCGCCGGGGCAAGUGGGGCGACUUCAUCCUGUCCUCGCGCGCGCUGAGCCUCGCCACGGCAGCGACCUUCAUUUCGAUGUCCCUCAUCACGGGGCACUUCCUCCUCCACUUCCUCCUGAACCUGUACCAGAAGGGAAGCCACUCAUCCUCUGCAAUGGGCUCUACGUGGGAGUCGGAGGACGGCACCAUGGUCGUGUACAUGGGCGGUGCGACCUUCAUUCUCGACUUGAUCGACGACAGCAUCAACGCCUUCAUCGCGAUCACGGCCCAGGCAUUCGACAUGUUCGAGGGCUCGCGCUGGGUCUCGCCCCUGAUGUUAGACUUCAUUCUUCGGUUCCUUCUCGGCGUGGCGCUGCUGGGUGCCUUGUCCGCUCUCUCGCUCCUUGGUUCGCUUCGCCUCCUCGCCCCUCUCCAGCUCAUUUACACCAUCUCGCUCUCGGGCGUGAUCAGCCUAGACCCCGUCCUGAGUGCGCUCGGCGGCUCGCGGAGCAUCAUUGUCGGGUUCGUCCUGCUUGGCGUCGCCAACUCGAUCGUCCAGGUCUACGACGCCUUACAUGCCUGUGCCAUGUUUGGCUUGCGCUUCGUGGAGAGCGAGAUUGUCGAGCCCACCCGCGAGCAGGUCACUCAGACCCAGGAGGCGAGGACGUGGGGCCGCCGCUGGCUCCAGGACCGCAAGUGGCGCAGCGUCGAGGGUUGGCAGGAGGUCUGGAGGCGCUUCCGCGACAAGUACAAGCGCCGCCAGCCGCUGAACGACCCCGGUCGUGAAGUGCUCGUUCAGAUGGCUGCGCAGGCGCAGCCCCAACCCGACGCCGCCGCCGCUCAGCCCGCCGAGCCAGCCGCCGUUGUUGUCGAUGAGGUUAAUGCUGUCGCCCCCGCCGAGGGAGCCGCUCCUGUCCUUCCCGCCGAGCCCGCUGCUCGCCACGAGGUCGAGAUUCUGGAUCAGUAG